GACCUGCCCCCAGCAAGCGCGGGGACAGCUGCCGGUUCGCAGCCUGCUCGGUUCCGCCAUCGGUUCGCGGCGCUUCGGCCCGCCCCGACCCCUCCCCGAGCGCUGCCGUGUUGCCAUGGCACGUUCCGCUCGGCCCGAGGAGGUGGCGCGGCCUGCCGGGGCCUGAGCGGCGGGAAGCCCGUGGGCCGAACCCGGGCGGACGCGGAGCCUGCCCUGGCCGCAGCGCCCUGCUCGGGGCCGCCGUCCCCCUACCCCCCGCCGCCCCCCGCUCCGCCGCCGCGCCCCGACCCCGAGGUUCCGGCGGCGGGCGGCGGCGGCGGGCGCCGGCUGGAGCAGGCGGCGGGGAAGAUGGCGGGGAACGGCGGAGGCUUCGCUGGCGCCGGGAGCGGGGAGAUCGUCCAGCUCAACGUGGGCGGCACCAGGUUCAGCACUUCGAGACAAACACUGAUGUGGAUUCCAGACUCCUUUUUUUCCAGUUUGCUGAGUGGGAGAAUUUCAACACUGAAGGAUGAAACUGGUGCUAUAUUUAUUGAUAGAGAUCCAACAGCAUUUGCCCCCAUUUUAAAUUUUCUUCGCACAAAGGAGUUAGACUUAAGGGGGGUGAGUAUUAAUGUUCUCAGACAUGAAGCUGAAUUCUAUGGAAUCACUCCUUUAGUUAGGAGACUGCUUCUAUGUGAAGAACUGGAACGCUCAUCUUGUGGCAGUGUCCUGUUUCAUGGCUAUUUGCCUCCUCCAGGCAUUCCCAGUCGUAAAAUAAAUAAUACUGCUGGGCCACCAACUGAUAUUAGAACUGGUCAAAACUGCUCUGAGAAUGAUACUCAUGGAGGUGGUGUCCAACCUACACUUGCUGGUACUGGAGAAGGUACAGUCAGGCUAGGAUUUCCUGUGGACCCACGGAAAGUUCUAAUAGUAGCUGGCCAUCACAAUUGGAUAGUAGCUGCCUAUGCUCAUUUUGCAGUUUGCUACAGAAUCAAAGAAUCAUCUGGAUGGCAGCAGGUGUUCACGAGUCCCUAUCUUGACUGGACAAUUGAGCGAGUAGCUCUCAAUGCUAAGGUGGUUGGAGGACCUCAUGGAGACAAGGACAAGAUGGUUGCAGUUGCCUCAGAGAGUAGCAUAAUCUUAUGGAGCAUUCAAGAUGGUGGUAGCGGCAGUGAAAUUGGGGUGUUCAGCCUUGGAGUCCCUGUAGAUGCUCUCUUCUUCAUCGGCAACCAGUUGGUGGCUACAAGUCAUACAGGGAAAGUAGGAGUGUGGAAUGCUGUGACUCAGCACUGGCAGGUCCAGGAUGUCGUUCCUAUCACAAGCUACGAUACUGCUGGGUCUUUUCUGCUGCUGGGCUGUAACAAUGGCUCUAUCUAUUAUAUAGACAUGCAGAAGUUCCCAUUGCGGAUGAAGGACAAUGAUCUUCUAGUGACAGAAUUGUACCAUGACUCCUCCAAUGACGCUAUAACAGCGCUCAGUGUCUACCUCACGCCUAAAACAAGUGUAAGCGGCAAUUGGAUUGAGAUAGCGUAUGGUACCAGCUCUGGAGCAGUGAGGGUGAUUGUACAGCACCCUGAAACAGUUGGAUCUGGGCCUCAGCUCUUUCAGACUUUCACAGUUCAUCGAAGUCCUGUUACCAAGAUCAUGCUCUCAGAGAAACACCUUGUGUCAGUUUGUGCAGAUAACAACCAUGUACGGACAUGGACUGUGACUCGGUUCCGGGGCAUGAUUUCAACUCAGCCAGGCUCAACACCUCUUGCAUCAUUCAAAAUCUUAUCCCUGGAGGAAGCAGAGAGUCAUGGCAGUUACUGUUCUGGAAAUGACAUCGGACCCUUUGGUGAACGUGAUGAUCAACAGGUGUUUAUUCAGAAAGUUGUUCCCAUCACUAAUAAGCUCUUUGUAAGGCUGUCUUCAACUGGGAAAAGAAUCUGUGAGAUCCAAGCAGUAGAUUGCACUACCAUCUCCUCUUUUACUGUCCGGGAAUGUGAAGGAUCCAGCAGAAUGGGCUCCCGACCCCGCCGUUACCUCUUCACCGGACAUGCAAAUGGCAGCAUCCAGAUGUGGGACCUGACCACAGCAAUGGACAUGGUUAACAAGAGUGAAGACAAAGAUGUUGGUGGCCCUACAGAGGAAGAGCUGCUGAAGUUGCUUGACCAGUGUGACCUGAGUACAUCACGCUGUGCCACACCCAACAUCAGUCCUGCCACCUCGGUAGUUCAGCCAAACCGGCUGCGGGAAUCUAAUUCCAGCCUCCAACUGCAACACCACGAAACUAUCUACGAAACAGCUACGUAUGGUUCUAUGCGGCCAUACAGAGAAAGCCCCCUGCUGGCAAGAGCAAGGAGGACGGAGAGCUUUCACAGUUACCGGGACUUCCAGGCUUUCAACUUAUCCAGCAAAAGCCCAGUAGAAAAGGCAGCCCCUGUAAAUGGGAAUUCAAGCCAGACAGAGGGCAGGAAGUCAACGGCUGAAGGCAGUGCAGCUGAGAAGGCAGUCCUGACAGCAGCACUUGAAGUGCGAGGCACUGGUCUGACAGAUGCAGGUGGGUGUUGCAGUACAGAAGUUCACAGGCUGCCGGAGAGUUCUCUGGAUCCCAAAAGAAGAGGACCAGAAGAGGAGGGUGAAGCCAAAGGAGAAAGCAAAAAGAAAACAGGGUUUGAAGGAGCUGGUUUCCUGGGAAGGAAGAAAGUGCCUCAUCUGGUUUCUGCACCAGUGCUUGCUGAAGGUGGGCCUGAGUUACCUGGUGCGGCUUCUCCAUCACCUACAAAGACAGCUGCUUCACCACGCCAUCGGAAGAAUGAUUCAUCUUGCCAAGACUAUGGCUUGUGAAAAUGUGACUGGUGGCAAAGAUGAGGUGGAGGUGCCCUCUGGCUGCUAGCAAAUAUAACACUGCAUGUUGUGGGUUUCUUCUUGAAUGAGAUUUUGUUGCAAUAACCUGAAUGAAAAUUGUAAGGAGGCAGGUUAGGAGGAAGUACCUGGCUGCUGCCAAACUUGGGAAGAGGCAUUCACAUCAGUGUGUGGCUUUAUGUAAUGCUCCAAAAUGUAGUGCGGUACUUGGUCCAAAAUGUUGUUGUGCAUUCUUGAGUAAACAUGGUCAGGCAUGUGCUAUGUUGUGGUAAUGUUGGAAGGGGGAGGGAGGGUGCUAGAGAAAUACCUGGUUGCGUGGUGGAAGACUCCUUUUAGACAUGGUCACACACAGGUCAGUAGAGCUGCUGCUGUCUUGGCUGGAUUCUGACUAAUUUGCAGGGCUGCCUCUGUAGUCUUGUUUUCUGAAUGGGAUCCUCACUCUGUAUGCUGCUGUCUGAAGGCUGAAAUGUAUUGUCCAGGUAAAGGAGGAAGCUAUUUAAAAUAGCAUAUUAUAUUGCCUCUUUGUCCUAAUAAAUUGUAAGAAAAAUGUUGCUUGUGCUUUCUGAAAAUGUAUGGUAUCAGAUGAUGGGUUUUGCUGACUGUGACUGAGAGCAUACAUAAAAAUAUGCUUGGUAAAAUACACUGAA